CUUCUUGGUGGUGUCUUGGCCAUGACACACAUUUGACAUGCCCUCCCUUAAUUCUCUCACAGACUCUUGCUCUGCGGUAUGGACCAAAGAGAAAUUCUGCAGCGGUUACUGAAUGAGGCCCAGAAAAAGAAAAAUAACAGUGAGGAAUUUGCCAAUGAAUUUCUGAAGCUGAAGAGGCAGUCUACCAAGUACAAGGCCGACAAGACAUACUCUACAACUGUGGCUCAGCGGCCCAAGAAUAUCAAGAAAAACAGAUACAAGGAUAUUUUGCCCUAUGAUCAUAGCCUGGUUGAGCUGUCUCUGGUAACUUCCAGUGAGGAUUCCAGCUAUAUCAAUGCCAACUUUAUUAAGGGUGUCUAUGGACCGAGGGCUUAUAUUGCCACCCAGGGUCCUUUACCUACAACUGUCCUGGACUUUUGGAGGAUGAUUUGGGAAUACCGUGUCUUGGUCAUUGUCAUGGCGUGUAUGGAGUUUGAAAUGGGAAAGAAAAAGUGUGAGCGCUAUUGGGCGGAGCCAGGAGAGACACAGCUGCAGUUUGGCCCUUUUUCUAUAUUCUGUGAAGCUGAGAAAAAGAAAUCUGAUUAUAUAAUCAGGACUCUGAAAGCCAAGUUCAAUAAUAAAACUAGAAUUAUUUACCAGUUUCAUUAUAAGAACUGGCCAGACCACGAUGUGCCUUCAUCUAUAGACCCGAUCCUUGAGCUCAUCUGGGAUAUCCGUUGUUACCAAGAAGAUGACUGUGUUCCCAUCUGCGUUCAUUGCAGCGCCGGCUGUGGAAGGACAGGCGUCCUCUGUGCUAUUGAUUAUACACGGAUGUUGCUGAAGGACGGGAUAGUUCCCGAGAACUUCAGUGUUUUUAGUUUGAUCCAGGAAAUGCGAACACAGAGACCUUCGCUAGUUCAAACUCAGGAACAGUACGAACUGGUCAACAGUGCGGUGUUAGAACUAUUUAAGAGGCAUAUGGUUAUUAUUGGAGACGAACACUCUGGAAGAGAGAUCGAAGCAGGAUUUUCAGUUCCUGAACAAAAUCUCACGGUACAAGCUGACUCUUGUCCUCCGGAUUUACCAAAAAACGCCAUGAAGGAUGUGAAACCGACAAGACAAAGGCUUGAAGUGAAAAGCGCAGACGCCUCUUCCUAUGAUAGGACUUUUGAAAUAAGAGCCGAGGAAGAGUUUGGUUUGCGUUCGGCUAAAUCAAGCCCCUCUUUUGACUUUUUAGAGCUAAACUGUGGGUGUAACAGCAAGGCUGUCAUAACCAGGGAAGGGCUAGCAAAGGCCUCUCCAGGCGUGGGAGAUCCCCUUCAGAAAUACCAAAGUCUGGGCUUUGGUUCCAUUGUGUGCGGAUCGUGUCCCGAUGCUUCGCCCAUAAACACAGCAGACAGGUGCCACAACUCGAAGGGGCCAGUGACACGGACCAAAUCAACUCCCUUUGAAUUGAUUCAGCUGAGAAGAACAAACGAGUUGGACAUGGAAGACGGUUCUUCCUUCUUGGGAUCUCAACUGUCUGAGCCUUGUCUCAUGGAGCUGCAGGCGCCAAGAGCGGUCCAUGUUUCUUCAGAGGAACUCAAUUAUUCUCUGCCGUGUGCCUCUGAGCACCCGACAUGCGCUGUCCCUUGUGUACCACAGCCCAGCCCCCAGCCUUUUAGAGUGCAUUCUUGCAUGUCGUUAGUAGAAGAUCCGUUUUUCCCACCAUCACCUCCAAACAGUGCUGAUUCUAAGAGGUCUUUUGAUCUGCCUGAGAAGCGAGACCGAGCCUCUUUUCCUUGUACUCCGUUGCCAGCCUCGUCUACAACCUCCCUUUCUUAUUGCAACUCACACGAAUCUUUAACGGCAAACCUUCUGACCAGGUCAUCCCCACCAUUAAACCAGCAGACAGCUAGAGAAGCUUCUCCGAGGAUAGAUGAUGAAGUUCCCCCUCCACUCCCUGAACGGACACCUGAGUCUUUUAUUGUGGCUGAGGACGCUGCUCUACAUCAAGAUGAUUCUCCUCCACCUCCACUCCCAGAAAGAACUCUGGAGUCCUUCUUCCUUGCUGAUGAAGACUGUUUGCAGGUCCAACCCAUAGAAACUUCCUCUACUAGCUAUCCAGAAACCACAGAGAACUCAACAUCUUCUACACAAGCAUUGAAGACCCCUGGAAAAGGUUUCACAAGGAGCAAAAGUUUAAAGAUUUUCAGAAACAUGAAAAAAAGUGUUUGUAAUUCUUCCCCACCAAGCAAGCCAGCAGAAUGUGUUCAGCCAAAAAAUUCCAGCUCCUUUCUGAAUUUUGGUUUUGGAAAUCGUUUUUCAAAACCCAAAGGACCAAGGAACCCACCAUCAACUUGGAAUAUUUAAUACACCACUGAAUUUAUAAGAAUAUUGGCUGCAUAUGUGCCUACAAAUAAAACUACUAGAAUACUGCUAUAAUAAUAUUAAUAAUAUCAAUAAUGAAGAUAUAGUGUGUUAAUAGCUUUCAAAAGGGAAGCUAUAUAUAAAAAA